AAAUGCACUUCUCCAGAGCAAAUGAAUAUCCUGUAGUGACUGCAUCUUUUCUCCUACACAAGCCAGCGAACUACAUCAAGCAAGAGGAAUGGGGGAAAGCACUGGUGCAGCAUUUCUGGCCCUUGAGAACUCAGCCUCACCAACCGCACCCACAACAACAAAUCCAAUGGACGAAAUCCUCCAUGGAAGUACCCACAUCAGGAUUCUGAUCCCACACUUGAUGAUCCUCAUCUUUGGACUGGUCGGGCUGACAGGAAACGCCAUUGUGUUCUGGCUCCUGGGCUUCUGCUUGUACAGGAAUGCCUUCUCAGUCUACAUCCUAAACUUGGCUUUGGCUGACUUCCUCUUCCUCCUCGGUCAAAUCAUAGUUUCCACCCUGUUUCUUCUCAAGGUUUCCUACCUCAACAUUAUCUUUCUCUUGUGCUUUAACACCACCCUGAUGGUUGUCUACGUUGCAGGCCUGAGCAUACUCAGUGCCAUCAGCACUGAGCGCUGCCUCUCUGUCCUGUGCCCCAUCUGGUAUCGCUGCCACCGCCCAGAACACACAUCAACUGUCAUGUGUGCUGUGAUCUGGGUCCUGUCCCUGUUGAUCUGCAUUCUGAAUAGGUAUUUUUGCGGUUUCUUAGAUAUCAUAUAUGAAAAUGACAAUGGGUGUCUGGCAUCGAACUUGUUUAUGGCAGCAUACAUCAUGUUUUUGCUUGUGGUCCUCUGUCUGUCCAGCCUGGCUCUGCUGGCCAGGUUGUUCUGUGGCACUGGGCAGAUGAAGCUUCCCAGAUUGUAUGUGACCAUCUUGCUGACUGUUUUGGUUUUUCUCCUCUGUGGGUUGCCUUUUGCCGUCCACAACUUCCUGAUAUUCAGUAUGAAGGAUUAUUUUCAUGUAUUUGACAUUAAUCUUUAUCUGGCAUCAAUUGUCCUGACUGCUAUUAACAGCUGUGCCAACCCCAUCAUUUACUUCUUUGUAGGCUCCUUCAGGCAUAGGUUAAAGGACCAGACACUCAAAAUGGUUCUCCAAAGUGCACUGCAGGACACUCCAGAGACAGCUGAAAACAUGGUGGAGAUGUCAAGAAGCAAAGCAGAGCCAGGAUGAAGAGCCUCUGCCAGGA